UUUUUUCCGCUUUCACUUGUUAUUAUAACUCAGUCUCUCUGCUCUGCUCUGCUCUGCUCUGCUCUGUUCUUCGCUCAGCAGCCAUGGAAGCGAGGUUUCCUGUUCUGGCGCUGAUGCUCUGUUUUUCGCUGGCUGUGGGUUCGAGUAAUCCAGUUUCCUUGCGGAGUGCGGAUUCAGGGGUUUCUUCUUCGUUUCCUAGCAAUUUCCUGUUCGGGACGGCUUCUUCUUCGUAUCAGUUCGAAGGGGCUUACUUGUCGGAUGGCAAAGGUCUCAACAACUGGGACGUUUUCACCCAUACUCCAGGCAACAUUGCGGAUGGAACCACCGGAGACAUUGCGGUUGACCACUACAAUAGAUAUCAAGAAGACUUGGACCUGAUGAGUCGUAUUGGCGUCAAUAGUUACCGUUUCUCAAUAUCAUGGUCAAGAAUCCUACCCAAGGGAAGAUUUGGAGGAGUAAAUCAAGCUGGGAUUGUUCAUUACAACAACCUCAUCAAUGAACUUUUACAAAGAGGAAUCCAACCCUUUGUCACAUUAACUCACUAUGACAUCCCUCAGGAACUUGAAGAAAGAUACAGAGCAUGGCUAAGCCCCCAAAUACAAGAAGACUUCAGAUACUAUGCAGAAGUGUGUUUCAUCUCCUUUGGAGACAGAGUGAAGCACUGGGUCACAUUCAACGAGCCCAACGUCGCAGCAAUCAGGAGUUACAGAUCAGGAAUCUUCCCGCCGUCUCGAUGUUCUGGCUCGUUUGGCAACUGCAGCCAUGGAGAUUCAGAGACAGAGCCCUACAUCGCAGGACAUAACAUGAUCCUGUCGCAUGCCGCCGCUGUCAACCUUUACCGGACCAAAUUCCAGGUAACCACAACCCAUUUCCCACCAAGGAUGCUUGGAAUUUUCAACCUUCUGAUGAAAUUUAAUGUACAGAAAGAGCAAGGAGGCAGCAUUGGACUGGUUCUGAAUGCUUUAUGGUACGAGCCCAUCAGCGAUUCCACAGAAGAUCAGUUGGCAGUGGAAAGAGCCCUGGCUUUCUUCAUGAACUGGUUCCUAGACCCUGCCAUAUUUGGAAGAUACCCUGAAGAAAUGCGACAGGUUCUCGGGCCGAAAUUGCCCGAAUUCUCGAGCUACGAAUCGAGGCUUCUGAAGAGGAUCGGUCUGGACUUCAUCGGGAUCAAUCACUACACAAGUUUCUACAUAAAGGACUGCAUGUUUUCGUCGUGUGAACAAGGUCCGGGAGCUUCGAAGACAGAGGGGCUGGCUCUAAGGCUCGAGCAGAAGAAUGGUUCUUACAUUGGAGAACCGACCGCAGUUGAUUGGUUAUUCGUUUAUCCUCGAGGGAUGGAAAAGAUUGUGACGUAUAUAAAAGAGAGGUACAACAAUGUACCCAUGUUCAUUACUGAAAAUGGGUUUGGGCAGACUCGGGAUAUACUCAAUGAUGUAAGGAGAGUGGAUUACAUGAGCAGCUACCUAGAUGCACUGGAAACUGCUGUCAGAAAAGGAGCAGACGUGAGAGGGUAUUUCGCAUGGGCGUUGCUAGACAACUUCGAGUGGACGUCAGGGUACACGACGAGGUUUGGGCUGUACCAGGUUGAUUUCCCCAGUUUGAAAAGAAUCCCAAGACUCUCCGCAACUUGGUACAAGAACUACAUUGAGAACUUCAUCUUCAAGGUUGCCACGAGAGGAGCUUCCUCCCUUUGACCUGGGCCUAACAUUUUUGGGCUUGGCCCUAGACCACAUUGUGCUGGGCUUGCUAUAAGUCAUGCUAAAAAUGUAUAAAUAAUUGACGUGGUUUUCAAGUAUAGAGC